CAAGACUCUGUGGUCUGAUGAGACAAAAGUUUAACUUUUUGGAAGGUGGUGUCCAAUUACAAGAGGCAAAAGUAACGCCGCAUUUCAGAAAAAGAACAUCAUACCAACAGUAAAAUAUGGUGGUGGUCAUAUGAUGAUCUGGGGCUGUUUUGCUGCUUCAGGACCUGGUAGAUUUGCUGUGAUAAUUGGAACCAUAAAUUCUGCUGUCUACCAAAAAAUCCUGUAGGAGAGUGUUCGGCCAUCUGUUUGUGACCUCAAGCUGAAACCAACUUGGGUUCUGCAGCAGGACAAUGAUCCAAAACACACCAGCAAGUCCACCUCUGAAUGGCUGAAGAAAAACAAAAUGAAGACUUUGGGGUGGCCUCGUCAAAGUCCUGACCUGAAUCCUAUUGAGAUGCUGUGGCAUGACCUCAAAAAGACGGCUCAUUCUGGAAAACCCUCAAUGUGGUUGAAUUACAACAAUUCUGCAAAGAUAAGUGGGGCAAAAUUUCUCCACAGCGCUACAAGAAGAGUCAUUGCAAGUUAUCGCAAACGCUUGUUUGCAGUUGCUGCUGCUAAGGGUGGCCCUGAAUAAUAAAAAGUUUCAUUUAAAAACUGCAUUUUUUUCAGUUGUGUUACAAAUAAGAAAUCAGGAAGGGGGCAAACACUUUUUCACACCACUGUAUAUACAUAUAUUUUUUAAUGUAUGUAACUGCUCCAAAGGAACUGAAAAUGUACCUCAAGCUAAAAGGUACCGCACAUGUCUGAAAAUGUAUUUGCCUAACACUAGUCUCUUAGGAGCAGAACAUUUCAAAGACACAGUGUGAUUUCAGCUGAAUUCAUGUUUCGAGUGUAGAUUUUCUGGGCUUUCCAAGCAUACUUGAAACGCAGCAAAUUGUACUUUCGCAGAAAGAGUUAUGCUAGUGAAUGAUAAGAAUAUCCACUUACUGCUUGACUUGGUCUUUCUGUUUAUAUAGACCCCACAUAAUAAGAUGUUGUUGUGAUAUUCGGAGUCUCCGUGAAUGCACCUCGCAGUCAUCUAGUUACAAUGAGGACGUGUCAUUCCGAUGACAAGCGGACAAGAGCCAUGUUUGCAUGGAGAAAGCGUUGGUUUGUCCUGCGAAGAGGCCGCAUGAGUGGGAACCCCGAUGUGCUGGAAUACUACCAGAGUAAGAGUUCCAAAAAGCCAAUCCGCACCAUUGAUCUGAAAGAGUGCGAGGUGGAAAUGCUCAACGGUCAGCUAGGGAUCAAGCGAGACUUCGGAGAGAAGCAUCUCUUUGUGGUGAAGACCUCUGCUCGCAUUUUCUACUUGGUGGCCAAAACUGAAGAGGAGAUGAACAGCUGGAUCAGCAGUAUCAGUCACAUUUGCCAGUUUGGCAACCAAGAGGAAGCAGGGAGUUCAGAAGAAGGUUUUCUUUGCACCCCAACAUGGCUUCAGUCGUCAAGUGACGGCUCUGACAAGGCGUCUCUGUCAAGUCAACAGGAUUGUAGUCAUCCACCAGACUAUCUCGUUCUUUCACAAUGUGGGACAGGGAGUGGAAGCACUUGUCGACAUGACAGCUUUUCAAAUUCAGAGACAUCUUUGGAACAGAAGUCAUCAGAGGAUGCUUUCAAGGACAUUGUACCAUCACCUCCUUGCAGUGAUUCCUCGGCUCAGUUUUGUCUCAGUCCAUCUCCUUUCACACUUGGGAGGUUGGGCAACCUUCCUCUCAGUGCCCCAUGCACAGCCGUGGCACCACCUUCCUCCUCCUCCCCGCUACAUCUCUGCGCCAUGAGUGUCUUCCAGUUUGACAAACCAUACUCCUGUGCUUCAUUUGAGGCCGCGAAUGACCAACAAACACCUCCUCCGCUGCCACCUAAGCCUAACCAUCUGUCAGACGAAAACAUUCAUAGGCCAAGGGCAAUGAGUACACAGCAUUUCCCAAAACAUGAAGCACUACUUCUCCGGAGGACAUCUUUGUCGAGCCUAGACCAUUUCAAAAUAGGAGAUGCUGACAGCAGAUCAACGGGGAACAGAAGGCAGACCCUAAAUUUGAAGUCCUGCCUAAAUACCGCACGGGUACAAAGUCAGCAAGACGAGUCCUACGUCCCCAUGGGUUCCCCAUCUUCCUCUGUUACCAUUGUUGAAUGUGAUGGUUACAUCCCCAUGAGCCUUGUCAGCUUCCCUGAUACAAACAGCAACAUUAUGACCACAAACACUCUCAGCCCUAUUGUGUGCCAACAGGGAGAGCUCGCACCUCCUCCUAUACAUCGCCAUCUCAAACCUUCCUUGAGGAGAGCUCGACCCCCACCCCUUGACUUGAGAGGCCUCUCAACAAUCACUGAAUGUCCAACUCAUUAUCCUUUGGGCAGAACAAUGACUGAAUCGCGUUUCAGCUUCUUGGGAAAGUGUUCACCUCGUGAAAGACGUUUUGAGAAUGGGGACAAUCCAAGAGGCGAAGAUGCAAACUGUACCCUUUUGGAGUCGAGGCAGCACGGCUCUCUCACCUUUGAUGCAGCUGUUCAACCUUGGCCAAGAAGAUCAAACAUUGACUACUUGUCAUUGGAUUUUAACUCGGCAUCUCCUUCUCCUGUCCAGAAGAAGCCUCUCCUCUCUGACGAGCACAGGGUGGAUUACGUGCAGGUGGAUGAGAAAAAGACUCAGGCACUGCAAAACACCAAGAUGGAGUGGACAGAUGUGCGACAGUCCAAAACAUAAACUCAAAAACCAUAGAAUGCUGACAAAAAACAAUUUAAAAGCAUUAAAAACACAGCAUUGAAGUAAUAGAUUAUCGUGAACUUGGAACAAAAUAACAGUAAUUCUGUUGUAUAAGUUCUCUUUGUGAAUAUGCUAUUGUUGUGCUUUUUGUAAAUAUUUCUAAAGCAAAUCAUGAAUAAGAUAAAUAUUUUAAGGAUAAAACAGUUGUAUAUAUAUUUUUUAUACACUAUGUAUUACUAGAGGGUGGCCUGUAUCACACAGAAAGGUGUGCUGACAUGCACAGCAUGGACAUUAAAUAUCCCAGAUGUUGUUUUUGGAAAAUAUAUGUUUGCUAUUUUGUGAAUUGGAGGCCAUGGCCUCUGAAGUUCAACUUGUAGUUUCUUUAUACAAGUCAACAAUCCAUGCGGAAUUGAAGCAAUACAGUACUGUUUUUGGCAGAGAUCAAUAAAACAUAAAACAUUGAACAAGUAACCUUUAUCACAUUCUGAGUAGGUUCAUAAUAUUAACAAGGUGGACAGUUAUAAUAAUUAUCAUACAUGAUUAUUAUUAUAUAUAUUAUUAUUGAUAAAGAGUUUUGUCAGUCAGAAAUAGGUACGAUGUACAAAUUAAG